CCCCCGACAGCUGCGUCGCUGGUAGCUAUAAUUUGUUGAGAAGAGGAAGGUGGGCAAAAGUACAGCGGUAGUAAGUGUUUGUCAGCUUCCAAACAGAGCUCUAAAAAGCUAGCUUUUCCUCAGAAACGAAAGCCCGGCCUGACAUGGACGGAAUACGCCACAGCAACCAGAGCCUGAACGGCAUAAACGUCCACGUGGCGGAGUCCGGCCCCACCGACGGCGCCGUGAUCCUCUUCCUCCACGGAUUCCCGGAGCUCUGGUACAGCUGGCGGCGCCAGAUGGCCGCCGUGGCUUCCCUCGGUUACCGCGCCGUGGCCCCCGACCUGAGAGGCUACGGCGACACCGAUGCCCCGGAGGAUCCGGGGAGCUACACGGUCCUCCAUGUCGUCGGCGACCUCGUGGCGCUGAUCGAGGCGGUGGCGCCGUCGCAGGGGGCGGUUUUUGUGGUGGGGCACGGCUGGGGAGCUGCAAUGGCUUGGCAUUUGUGCUUGAUGAGGCCCGACAAGGUCAAGGCGGCGGUCAACUUGAGCGUCCCGUUUGGUCACCGGAGCUCUAAUCGGAGACCCAUGCCGUCGUUGAAGGCGUACUAUGGAGAGGAUUACUACUCGUGCAGGUUUCAGGAGCCAGGUGUGAUGGAAGCAGAAUUUGCGGAGCUAGGUACAGAGGAAGUUCUCAAAGGGUUCUUCACGCUGCACUCUCCAGCUCCACUUUUCUUGCCCAAAGGCAGAGUACUGUUCGGUAGCUCCCCCGGCACACCAAUUCCCCUGCCUCCCUGGUUGUCGGAGGCGGAUCUCAGGUACUUCGCCGACAAGUACGAGAAGACGGGCUUCACCGGAGGAUUGAACUACUACCGGAACGUCGAUCGGAACUGGGAGUUGACUGCUCCGUGGCAAGGGGAUCAAGUGAAAGUGCCGGUGAAGUUUAUUGUCGGUGAUCACGACAUGGCCUAUCACGCUGGGAAUGCCAGAGUUUACAUACACAAUGGUGGUUUCGAGAAGGACGUCCCGUUUCUGCAGGAGGUGGUGGUGAUGGAAGGCGUCGGCCAUUUUCUCCAGGAAGAAAAGGCCGACGAGAUCAGCGGCCAAAUCAUCGACUUCAUUCGCAAGUUCCGAUGAGUUCGUAGGAGCAAAUUGUCGUAACUAACGGUGGUCCUGUCACGGGACACGCCAUGGUGAUAAUUCGACAAUUUAUGGGUUACCGUUAUAGUUUAAUCGAUUUCCUUUAUUAUUAUACGUUUCGUAUUAUUUUGGGUUGUGGAUAUAAUUAAUAGUUAUGGGUGUUUUAGUUGGAUUAGAAGAUGUGUUUAUUAUUGUUUAGUACUUAACUAAUGGUCUUGUAAGGGAAGGAAAAGGAAUUCAAGUAGGAGAACGAGAAGGAGAGAUGCAAAAGUCUAGGGUGACAAGGAAAGAGAUUUAGUUGUGUAACUCUAUAAAUAUGUGGUUUGUUUAUGAGUAAUAAUAUGAAAAAAUUUGGAAUUCAAUUUA